AUGGCGGUGUUUUCAUUAUCGACACUCUUGCAAAAUGUUCCGCCGGGAACUAGGGCCUUGACAGGAGCUCUCCUUGCCUCCUCGACUCUGCUUUUCUUCCUCCGUCUACGCACUGGGUUAGGGUUCGGAACAGCGAGCGCAGUGCAGUUUCCUUGGCUGGUCAUCGUACCGGGCGCUAGUUUCUGGUAUCCAUGGACGCUGAUCACCUCGAGCUUCUGCGAGUCGUCCAUUCUCGAAUUCUUGGUCUCGAUCAUUUCUCUUCCCCUCGCAGCAAGGUAUCUCGAACGUCAGUGGGGUGCCAUCGAGCUAGUCAAGUUUGCGGCUGUCGUCCUUGUCGGUAGCAACAUCAUUGCAUGGGGGUUGCAACUUCUUCUGUUCUGUGUCUUCCGCAAGGAGGUGCUCAUUUGGGGCACCCAGUUCCACGGUUUGCAAGCCUUACAGACCGCUUUCCUCGUCGCUUUCACCCAGCUCAUCCCAGAGCACCAAGUCCAAAUUCUGAGCGGUGCUCUGAAGAUUCGAGUCAAAGAUCUACCGAUGCUGUACGUCACUGUCAGUAACGUCAUGUGCCUGAUCGGGUACACUUCGCCUUGGAUUCUGAUCCAGUUCGGAUGGCUCAUCUCGUGGGCCUACUUGCGAUUCUUCAAAGUCAACGAAUCUGGCUUCAAGGGAGACCGCAGCGAGGCAUUUGCAUUUGUCAAUUGGUUCCCUCCCUUCGCCCAAAAGCCAGUCCAGUUCAUCUCGACAACGCUAUUCAACUUGUUCGUCAAGAUUAAGAUCGUCCAGCCGUGGACAAGCGGAGACUACGCCGACUUGGAAUCUGCAUCGUUGAAUGGGCAAGUGCCUCAGCACGGCAGCGCUCGCGCCGAGGCAGAACGCCGUCGAGCUAUGGCCCUCAAAGCGCUCGACCAACGUCUCUCGGCGAACAAGGGUUUUGGCUCUCGAUCCAGCGGUCUUCAGCGCUCUGAUUCGACCAAGUCGUCCGGAUCCGUUACCGCAUCCAAAGAGGCUGCAGCCUCAUCCGCGUCGACAGCCGAAGAAACUGCAUCAAGCUCAACCAUCGCACCCACAGCCGCAAUUCCCACUGUUGUCUUUGAGGCACCUCCAGAGGAUCUGCCGUCGGAGAAGGAGUCAAAGUAG